GAGAAUACACAGUUUAGUCUUUUAACUUAAAGACAAUAUGACUUAACUGCCACAGUGUCCUCUUAUGCAUAUGGUGUCAACCUAGGCUUAACCUGACUAUAUUAUUUUAUUUCAUACACUGGAACUAAACCUGGAUGCCAACAUAAUUUAUUCUUCUAUUGUUGUGGCUUAUAUAGGUAACAAGUCCUUAAAUCUGUUCAGAUGUUGCUGUUUCAUCCAAAAAAAGGUCUAUGGAAAUGCAGGAUCUAGCCAGUCCACAUAGCCGUCUUAGUGGUAGUAGCGACUCUCCCAGUGGGCAAAGCCUUGAUAAUUCCCACAUAAAUAACAAUUCUAUGACACCAAAUGGCACAGAAGUUAAAACAGAGCCAAUGAGCAGCAGUGAUAUUGCAGCAACAACUGCAGAUGGAUCUUUAGACAACUACUCAGGGUCGGUUAUUGGAAGCAGUGGAUAUAGCCCAAGACAAGCUCACCAGUUUUCCCAACAAAUAUAUCCUUCCAACAGGGCAUACCCACAUAUUUUACCAACUCCUUCCUCUCAAACUAUGUCUGCAUAUGGGCAAACUCAGUUUUCCUCAGGAAUGCAACAGGCCACCGCAUAUGCUACCUACCCCCAACCAGGACAGCCUUAUGGAAUACCGCCCUACGGUGCAUUGUGGGCAGGCAUCAAGACGGAAGGUGGAUUACCUCAAUCCCAGUCACCAGGACAGACCGGAUUCCUAAGUUAUGGUUCAAGUUUUAGUGCCCCUCAACCUGGCCAAGCACCAUACAGUUAUCAAAUGCAAGGGAGCGGUUUUACCACAGCAUCAGGAAUCUAUACAGGAAGCAAUUCACUCACAAAUUCAACUGGAUUUAAUAGCUCCCAGCAGGAAUAUACAUCUUAUCCCAGCUUUGGCCAGGGACAGUAUGCACAGUAUUAUAACAGCUCGCCAUACCCUUCACAUUACAUGACAAGCAGUAACACCAGCCCUACAACGCCGUCAACUACUGCCACAUACCAGCUGCAAGAACCUCCAUCCAGUAUCAACAGUCAGGCCAUCAUAGAUCCUUCCCCAGAAUACAGCACAAUCCAUAGUCCAUCAACACCAAUUAAAGAUUCAGAUUCAGAUCGAUUACGCCGUGGGUCAGAUGGAAAAUCACGGGGUCGUGGAAGAAAAAACAAUAAUCCUUCUCCUCCUCCAGACUCUGACCUUGAAAGAGUAUUUGUUUGGGAUUUGGAUGAAACAAUCAUAGUUUUCCAUUCAUUAUUGACAGGAUCCUAUGCAAACAGAUAUGGAAGGGAUCCACCAACUUCAGUAUCUCUUGGACUUCGAAUGGAGGAAAUGAUUUUCAACUUGGCAGACACACAUUUAUUCUUUAAUGAUUUAGAGGAAUGUGACCAGGUUCACAUUGACGAUGUGUCUUCAGAUGACAAUGGGCAAGACUUAAGCACGUAUAACUUUGGGACAGAUGGUUUCCCAGCAGCUGCAACCAGUGCAAACUUAUGUCUGGCGACAGGAGUUAGAGGAGGAGUUGACUGGAUGAGAAAAUUAGCUUUUCGAUACAGAAGAGUAAAGGAAAUUUACAACACCUACAAAAAUAAUGUUGGAGGUCUACUUGGUCCUGCAAAACGAGAAGCCUGGCUGCAGUUAAGGGCAGAGAUUGAAGCCUUAACAGAUUCAUGGUUAACACUUGCACUAAAAGCCCUAACUUUAAUUCAUUCUAGGACGAAUUGUGUAAAUAUACUUGUAACAACUACACAACUAAUACCAGCUAUGGCUAAAGUAUUGCUAUAUGGGUUAGGUGUUGCUUUUCCUGUUGAAAAUAUUUAUAGUGCAACUAAAAUAGGAAAGGAAAGCUGUUUUGAAAGAAUAAUUCAGCGGUUUGGAAGAAAAGUUGUCUAUGUUGUUAUAGGUGAUGGUACGGAGGAAGAACAGGGAGCCAAAAAGCAUUCUAUGCCAUUUUGGCGAAUAACAAGUCACUCAGAUCUCAUGGCUUUACAUCAUGCCUUGGAACUUGAAUACUUAUAGCAGCAACACAGCACUUUGUUUCCCUGUGGCAAAUUGAUCCUGCCAAUGGAUAGCAUAUUGUUCUAUGUAUUGGCCCUCUGCAGCACAAACAUUUCAGCACACAAUCACAAAAUUAUGAACAGAAGCUUUCAUCUGUUGUUACUGCUGACCCAAACAAUUGUAAUCAGUUGGAAACGAGCUGUAAACAACGCAGAGGUGGAAAAGUUUCAUGCAUAAGAAGAGAAAUGAACUGGGACUUUUACUUUUUCUCUAUAUGGAAUAUGAGCCUCUAGAAUGGCACAUAUUACUGCACUCUAAAAAAAAACUCUAAAGAAAGAAAGUUUACUAUUUGUCUUCUUUGAUCAAGAGUACUGUCGAAAUGCUAUUUAUGAACUGUGUUGUGAAGACAUUAGCUCUUGACAUAUAUAUAUACAGUAUAUAUACAUGAAGAUGUAUAUGAUAAGGCAGACAAUCUACUAAAGACUUUUUUAUCUUUGGACUUAAGAAUUACUUUGUGCAAAAUAGUCUAAAAUAUGUAUACUGUAAUUUAAACAAACAUGUACAUCAUUGAAACAAUCAUGUACAGACAUUUUUUGUGUAAAUUUGUAAUAAGGGAUGGUUCUUUUACUUGUUAUUUAGGUAAAUAUUAUUAAAAAGGCAGGAUAGCCUUGGUAGGUAUAAUAUACAGGGCAGUGUGUGGCUGUGCAGUGCCUUAACAAAUUAUCAGAUAUAAAUAUGUAGAUAAUAUUUUUUACUGUAGGGGAAUUUGUUAAGACCAAAAGCAUGAAUGUCAGGUGUCAGUAUGGUUUUAGCAUUUUUUAAUAUGUUCACUGCUGCCAAGAUAUGUGCAUACCAGUUAUAUUGGUCAAUUCAUACUCUGGU